GGGGGAGGCGGAUCUAGUUUUUGAAGAGCCCAGAGGGGCUGUUCUUCGGUGCCACUUAUCAUUAGAUAUGGCCACCGUUAUAGAGUAUGCCGAAGCGUCAUCUUCAACUUAAUUUUGUAAUAUUUCGUUAUAAUUUCGCAGUUCGGCCACUGUGGCAGGCGGGGUGUUAUUUUUGGCAAACUAAUGUUUGUUUUUACAUGCUUUUAGAGUCGGCUGUUACUGCGUGGCAGGCUGGUUGCGAGAGUCUCCUAACUGGCCGCUUGGUCCCGCAGCUUGUCGCAGCUGAAGAAAAUAGAACCAGUUGCCAACCAAGAGGUCCGUCGGCUCCCAACAUUUGCUUUGCGCGUUGCUGUACAUUCGCCGUAUAUCUACAUUUAAAGUUCCAUGCAUGGAGCGUUGAUUGUUGCAGCCGCUUGGACUUAGGCUUUGCUUUGUUUAUACGUUAAUGAUAAAAAUUUUUGGCCGUAGACUUGGGUGGCUAACACCAACUAGCUAUAUUAACCCGAACUCGUGCGACGACAGCUGUCAUUGGAGAAAGGAAGGUGAUCCCCACCAAAUGCAUGUACCAGUGAAGCGGUUUUCUGUUGGAUUUACCUCAUCUGCCUUUCCAUCAAAUGGGCGAAGUUGGGAAUAACAUUGCAACGUUGGAAUAUAAUGAUAUGCGUUAUGCAUUUCUGACAACUGCGGUGUUGCUUCAUUGGAGAGAGGCUAGUGAGCUCAGUUAGCUUGCUUGCUAGCUAGCUGGGUGAUAAAAGUGCGACGUUUCAUCCUCCAGUAUUUUGGACAUGAAGAGGAUAAUUCGCUAUUCAUAGGGCUGGAAGAAUGUCAUCAGAGGAUAAGACUGUGGAUCCCUCUGACCAGGGGCCCUCAACGCCAUCCAGCAGUGUAGGGGCUACGUCCACAGGAAGUCCUGCCCACGCAGACAAGCGACCACGUGGCAGGCCGCGUAAGGAUGCUGCUGCCAUCCUACCCCAGGCACCACCUUUAUCCACAUCUAAGAACAGAAAAAAGGGUCGCACCAGAGGGAGGGUUGUUGUGGAUGAGGAGGACAGCAUGGAUGGGACUGAGAUAACAGAGUCCAUAGGCCCUCAGGACACAGAAACACAAAUCCAGCCAGUGGAGACUGUGGAAGUGGUCACCACUGAGGUUCCAGAGGAGGACAAACCCUCUUCCCCUCUGGCCCAGAGCCCUCUAGCAGAGAAUUCACAAUGUGACUUGUGUGCCUUGCUGUGUAUGGAUGGAUUGAAAUGGAGUCAUCAGCUGAUGGAGGCAGUGCUCUCCUCCCAGGUGCCACUCUUUAAAGGUUGUAAUCAAUCUUCUGGCUUGUCUCUGCUAUUGAUUGAGCAUCUCUGUGCCUUCUGUUACUGCGGUGGCCGCAGCCUGCUGGGUCAGGGGGAACUGCAAGUAUUCAGCACCACGCCUCAGCUUGAAGCACUCCUCAGCCACAAGGGUGGAGAAGGCUCGACGAGCGAUAGCAGUGAUGGUGAUAAAAAUACUCAGCCAAAAAUGGCCAGUGAUACCACCUCAGGACAGAGGGAAAAGUCGAAUGGGUCUGAAAGCUACGAGGAAGAACCAGACCCAGCCAAUCGAUUUUGGGAUGAGCUUUCUCAUGUUGGCCUUCCACAAGAUCUUAAUGUCCAGUCUCUCUUUGAGUCAGGGAAGUACUGGGCACAUCAGAGGUGUGCUUUGUGGUCCGAAGGUGUUUGCGAGGGCGAGGGACAAUCUCUGCUUAAUGUGGACAGAGCCAUUGACUCAGGGAGCACAAAGCACUGUGCAUACUGUAAGCACCUUGGAGCCUCCAUUAAGUGCUGUGCUGAAGGAUGUGCUCAACUCUACCAUUACCCCUGCGCAGGGGCAGCUGGGACCUUUCAGGAUAUCAGGAGUCUUACACUCCUCUGCCCAGAACACACUGAACUGGCCAUUCAGAAAUUUGUAGGUGAUGUAAAUUGCGCACUAUGCGAUAGCCCAGGGGACUUACUGGACCAGCUUUUCUGCACCAGUUGUGGUCAACAUUACCAUGGGAUGUGCCUUGAUAUGGCCGUGACCCCUCUGAGGAGGGCCGGUUGGCAGUGCCCUGAGUGCAAAGUCUGCCAGACAUGCAAGAACCCAGGAGAAGACAGUAAAAUGCUGGUGUGUGACAUGUGUGACAAAGGCUACCAUACCUUCUGUCUGCAACCUGUUAUGGACUCUCUUCCCACCAAUGGGUGGAGAUGUAAGAACUGCAGAGUAUGCAUCCAGUGUGGAACACGAACCAGUGGGCAGUGGCACCACACAAGCCUCCUGUGUGAGAACUGUGUCCAAAAUCAGGACCCUGCUCUGUGCUGCCCUACAUGUACAUGCAUCCUGGACCCUGAGCAUCAAAAAGACUUACUAUUCUGCCAGACUUGUAAAAGAUGGCUACACCUGGAGUGCGAGCGUCAGAACUCAGGCCAAGCAGAAAUCCACUCCAGAGAGGACUAUGUUUGUUUCAACUGCAGGACUCCUGCUGCAGAGCAGGCACUACAGGCAGAGGAUAUGGACACGGGCCCAGAGCUCAGCCCUCAGCCAGCCUCCAUGCACACAGACUCUGAGACUGGCCUACAGCUCGCUCAAACAUACACGGACCUAGAAUCUGGCACUCAGCUGCCUUCUGAAAUGCACAGUGACCCCAAACCGGAAUUAUUUGCUGUUCCAUUGCACUCAGAUACAGAGCCUGCUCAGGCUACCAUCCAGGAGGAGAAGCUGGCCAUGUCAGCUGCAGAGCCUGAAGUCUCAGUGGGAUCAGAUGUCCAGAAUCAGGUUGCUGAAUCUUCUGACAGCAAAGUCGCAACAGAAAUCAAACCAGAAACAAAACCAGCAGUAAGAACCCAGCUCAUACCUACAGAGGGUCCUGCAUCAUCAGUGACUCAGAGUAAGGAGUCUGAGGCUUUUCCAGCCCAGCUCUCUGUGGGGACACUACAGACACAAGACAUUAUGUUACAAAUCAAACCAGCAAAGACAGAGGUCUGCCCUGAGCAGGGCAUGACCACCCCAAGCACAAUGGAUUGUAAGGCCAUCAUCUCAACCACCAAAGAACCAAGUACUCUGUCGGUACCUUUCACGGACCAACCAGCGGAAGUCUCACUACCCCAGCCUUCGAGUAUGGAUAUAGUCAGGGCUUCUUUUCUGGAAACUGCUCCAAAAGAACUUAAGGAGAGGAGGGAGGGCAUUUUUUACAGGAACCUGUCAGAGACUGUUAUGCCUUCAACCUCUAGUACACCAGAGGCAAUGGACACUAUGCUGGAGAGCAAAACUAAUCUGUCAUGUUCCAGCAUGUCUUCAGAGGAGAAACCCCUUAAGCCAUCUAUUGAAAGGUUGUCUGAAAUGGUUUCCCCUCCUUCCCACUCUUCCCCUCUUGCUCGAGGGACAUCUCCAAAAGAACUGCUUCAAACCCAGAUCCUACCUUCCCUGGGUGACCACAGCAGUAUGAUCCCCACCACUACCCUCAUACCACUCACCCCAAAGAUUGGAAUGGGAAAGCCAGCCAUCAGCAAGAGGAAGUUUUCACCUGGAAGGCCACGGGUGAAACAGGGUGCAUGGAGUCCCCAUAGCAGUGUGAGCUCCCCCUUGUCCUGGUCGCCAGACCAGCCAGAGGGGUGGGACAUCCCAAAGACCAGGCAGUCCUCUGGCAGCCCCGGCUGGAGCAUCAGAGUGGGUCGAGGUUCAGGCUUCCCUGGAAGGAGGAGGCCCAGAGGGGCUGGUCUGUCAGGUAGAGCUGGACGUGGCAGGGCCAGAGGCAAGAAUGGGGCGAGUCCCAGCAUCAACCCUGGGGUCACAACCAUAGAAACGCCAUACCCAGUCAAGGAGGAAGAGGAGAGUGCCAUGCAUAAUACAGUGGUCAUAUUCUCCAGUAAUGACAGUUUCACACUAAAACAGGACAUGUGUGUGGUGUGUGGGAGUUUUGGCCUUGGUGCAGAAGGUCGUCUUUUGGCCUGUGCUCAGUGCGGCCAGUGCUACCAUCCGUUCUGUGUUGGCAUAAAGAUUACUAAGGUGGUACUCAGUAAAGGCUGGCGCUGUCUGGAGUGUACAGUUUGUGAGGCAUGUGGCCAGGCCACAGAUCCUGGUCGCUUGCUGCUGUGUGACGACUGCGACAUCAGUUAUCACACCUACUGCCUGGACCCUCCACUGCAGAAUGUACCCAAGGACAGCUGGAAGUGCAAAUGGUGUGUGUCCUGUAUCCAGUGUGGUGCCACCACCCCAGGCCUAAGGUGUGACUGGCAGAAUAAUUAUACCCAGUGUGCCCCCUGUGCCAGUCUUGCAACCUGCCCAAUCUGCCUGGUGGACUACAGUGAAGGCACUGUCAUUGUGCAGUGCCGCCAGUGUGACAGAUGGUUUCAUGCCUCUUGUCAGGGUCUCCAUUCAGAGGAAGACGUAGAAAAAGCAGCAGACAGCAACUUUGACUGCACAAUGUGCCAAGCAUUCAAAACCACUAAAGUUGUGACCAAGGUCAGAGACACCAUUGAGCCUGUAAUUAUGACACAGAUUGUCACAAAAGCUAAAGAAAUGGAUUUGUCAAGGACCUAUACCCAGGAUGGUGUUUGUCUGACAGAAUCAGGGCUUUGCCAGCUCCAGAGCUUGUCUGCUACAGCGUCACGGCGCAAGAAACCCAAGCCAAAGCUGAAGUUGAAGAUCAUUAACCAGAACAGUGUGGCAGUGCUUCAGGCUCCUGUAGACCCCCUCUCAGAACACUGUCGCGAUGAAGACAUGGAGGACAACAGAGAGACAGAGCUUCUAGAUUGUGAGGUGAAGUCUGACUCGAGCCUAGAGCGAGAGCCAGCAGAAGAUGACUCCAAGGGGGCCGACAGUGGCAAGAAGAGGAAGAGGAAACCGUACCGGCCGGGAAUCGGUGGGUUCAUGGUUCGCCAGAGGAGCCGUCCAGGCCAAGGUCCAGGCAAGGCCAAGCGAUCUCUCUGUAGAAAGGAUUCCUCUGGCUCCGUGUCAGAGAAUCUCACUGGAAAAGAUGAGGGAUGGACGGAGGCACUGCCUGAAACUCCUGUGGAUGAGACGCCUCCUGGACAAGAGGUUCCAGAGAAAAUAAAGAAACGCUAUCGAAAGAAAAAAACCAAACUGGAGGAGGCCUUCCCAACCUACCUGCAGGAGGCAUUCUUUGGAAAGGACCUUCUGGACAAAAGUAAACAGAGUCGGCAGCAGGGGGUCGAGUCAGGCUUACUGGAAGAAGGGCAGAGCCAAGUGGAGAGGAAGCACCCCACCACGAACUUCUUGGAUCCUUCAUCAGACCCUCUGCUCAGUGCCUCAACAGCAUCUCUUCCAGGCAGACCCACAGCAGCACAGACGUCUGAGGAACCAUUAGUUGAUCUAGCUGAUGUUCUGAACACUGAUGCAGACAUCUUGGGAAUGCUCGGAAAACCAAGCAGUGACUCUGCUGGUCUGGAUAUCGGGCCCCUGGCAGAGAGUUCCCCAGUGACGGCCCAGUCUCAUGUUGGCCGCAGGACACCUCGAACCCUCCCAGAGGAACCCCUAGAUGGAAUUCUUAGCCCAGAGCUAGACAAGAUGGUCACUGAUGAAUCAAUUCUCAGCAAACUUUACAAAAUUCCAGAGCUGGAGAGUAAGGAUGUAGAGGAUCUUUUCACAGCAGUCCUUAGCCCCAGCACAAGCCAACCACCUCCACCACCACAGGUGCCUCAUCCCCAGGCUCCAGGGCCCCUCCCUGCCACACCUGGCACCAGCAUGCCUCACCCCAGUGCAGGGAACCCCAUGUUUCCAAGGAUGCCAGUGAUCAAUGGUAUAAUGGGACCAAACCAACGCUUCCCUACAAAUCCAGGAACAGGGCCCUGUAUCCCAGAAAAUUUCUCCCCCCUUAACCGUAUGCCUUUCACUGACAAUCCAAGGGAUAGAAAAUUUAAUCAAAUGCCUAGAGAAGCAAUUGGGCCAUGGCCCUCCCCUGCCCAUGGCCCUGGCCCUACGCCCCCUUCUCUGCCUGAGGGGGAGACUGAAGCCAUGUCAAAUGCCCAGAGGAGUACACUCAAGUGGGAGAAGGAGGAGACGCUUGGAGAGCUAGCCACUGUUGCGCCUGUCCUAUAUACCAAUGUUAAUUUCCCCAACCUCAAAGAAGAAUACCCAGACUGGUCUACAAGAGUAAAGCAAAUUGCAAAACUGUGGAGGAAAGCUAGUUCACAAGACAGGGCCCCAUAUGUGCAAAAGGCAAGAGAUAACCGAGCAGCCCUGCGCAUCAACAAAGUCCAGAUGUCGAAUGAGACGGUGAAGAGGCACCAUCCACAGCAACAGCCCCCUGAGGUGUUUGAUCCCAACAUACCACUAGACACAGAACUGCUGUUUAAAGACCCUUUGAAACCAAAAGAGUCAGAGCAUGAACAAGAGUGGAAGUUUAGACAGCAAAUGAGGCAGAAAAGCAAACAGCAAGCGAAAAUUGAAGCCACUCAGAAGCUUGAACAAGUUAAGAAUGAGCAACUCCAGCAGCAGCAGCAGCAACAACAACAACAGCAGACCAACAGCCAGGCAGAGGGAGAUGGCAACAACAGUGGGAACCAGAGCCCUACUUCUCAGCCCAGCAAUGGCAGUAUGUCCCCCAUGCAGCAGAUCAACUCUAAAGAAGGCUUUGCCAGGCCACAGCUGCCAGGGACUCCCACUUCAGGUCCUUCAGAGGAUGUGUUCCUAAGACCCCCUCCUCCCCCUCCAUCUGGCCCUUCUUCCCAGCCUCAGUCCCCACAGGUAUUCUCACCAGGUUCCACUGGUUCUAGACCCUCUUCUCCAUGGGACCCAUAUGCCAAGAUGGUUGGAACCCCAAGACCACCAACUCUCGGGCCAAAUACAUGUCGCAGAAUGGCUGUGGAAUCUGGCAAAUCCCCCACCUCCUUGAUGGAGCAGCAGGACAGAGGUCGGCCUUCUCCUGCUCAUGAGUCAUUUGGUUCUCCAACAUCCAUGAGCAGUGACCCUUAUGCCAAGCCACCUGACACCCCAAGGCCAACUGGGGAAAUGGACCCCUUUUUGAAGCCCAUGGGUCCUCCCAGGGCCAGUCAGGCUGCUCAGGGAAGGCCUCCAAUGGGUUCUCCAGGCAGAGACACAUACUCUAGACCUAUGAUAAGAAAUGAGGCCUAUCAGCGCAUGGCCCAAAACAGGAUGAUCUUGUCUGAUCCUUACUCAAGGCCUUUACUAACACCAAUCCCUGGAAGUAAUGAGUCUGGCUCAGUGCCUCUGUUCAAAACACCUAUGCCCCCUCCUCAGGACCCCUUCAACCGACCAGGUCCACAUCCUACUGACAGAUUCUCCCAAAAUCAGCAGAAUGACCCCUGUGCUCAGCUUUCGCAUACCCCAAGACCAUCUGGGAAUGAUGGCUUUACCAAUCCUAGAAUGGGUCAGCACCAUUCUCAGGGCCACUCAUUUGCUCAGCCUGGACCAAUGACUCAAAUGUCCAGAAAUCCUUAUGCUCAUGCACCUUCCACUCCAAGACCUGACCACUUCACAUAUGACCCUUUUGCCCAGCCCACUGCUCCCAAUAAGCCAGGUGCUGACCCUUUUAAUCAGUCUACAGGUAACCAACGAUCCAUCAAUGAACCUGGUACUCAACCUCAACCUCGCCCAUUUUUUGAACCCUAUGCUCGACCUCCUGGCACCCCACGUCCACAUGACAACUAUGGUCAACCAUCUAACACCCCUAAUACAUCGUCUGACCCCUAUUCACAGGCUUCUGCUACUCCACGUCCCAGUGGGAUGAACCAGUUCACUCAUCAGUCACACCCUGGACAGAGGAUGUCACCUUCUCACUCAGUGGACCCUUAUGCUCAACCACCAGGUACUCCACGGCCCUCAAUGGGAGAAAGGUUUUCCAAGUCACCAGGUAGCCAGAGGGGGCCAGCAGAGUCAUUUACUAGUACACCUGGGGCAUCAAGGCCAGGGAGUAGUGACAUGUUUUCUCAGCCUGGGACCCCCAGACCAAUACUUAAUGAGCCUUAUGCUCAGCCUCCAGGGACCCCACGGCCUGGUCCUGAUGUGCUCAGCAGGCAAGGUCCAAGGCCAGGACCAGUUGUAAACCAGGAUCCUUUCUCCCCAUCUCAAGGCAGGAUUCAAGAGCCCUUUCCUCAUGCAGGUUCACAGACAUCAAAACACCCAAGUGUGUCUGAAGAUGGAUUUGUUCAGUCUCCCUCCAGAAGACCCAUUCAGAAACCUGGCCAUGACCCAUUUGAACAAGCCUCCAUGAUCCCUCAUCCACAGGCAUCAGAAAAAAUGGAAAUGAAAGAUCAGUCAGGUAUAGCUAAUAGUGAAGUUAUCCCUCAAGACCCAAGCCAAAUGUCGAGCAACCUACAAAUGCCUGGUGUGUCCUCUGAGGCCCAGAGUGUUGCUCUUGCUGAUAGCGAGGAAAGACUCAGACAGCGACAACGAAUUAGAGAAUUAAUCCUCAAGCAGCAGCAACAGAGGAGUGCCAUACGACAAGAGAGGGGCCCCCAGGAGCCUGCUGGCAACAUAACCCCAGGAACACCACGUCCCUGGCUCCAAGAGGGCCCUGGGCAGCAGGGGGAAGCAUUCAACCGUCCUCCUCCACCUUAUCCUGGACAAGUACCUGUAAGAGGACCAAUGAGGUUUCCUGGACCUUUUCCAGGGGAUCAGCGUGUCCCUUUUCCUAGUGAGGGACAAAUCCUACAGGGCCCCCAUUCUGGAGAUCCUAAUUUGAGACAUCAGGGACCAAGGUAUGCAUUUUCACCAGGGGCUCUAGGACCUCAUGGACCUCAAGAGUUCCUUCCCCGGGGCCAACACCCAAUGCAGGAUGUCCCUCCUCAAAUGAGACGCUCCAUGUCUGCUGAAAUGGCAAAGACUAUGGGAGGGAACCCUCUGGGCUUGCCCCAGCACUUUCCACCACGUGGUAUUCCAGUACAGCAGCACAACAUAAUGGGCCAGCCUUUUAUUGAGCUGCGACAUAGAGCAGUAGAAAACAGGCCCCGUAUGCCAUUUCCCCCAGGUGCCAUGCAAGGAAGCAACAUAGAUGCCAGCUUGCAGGGUCAUAGGCCAACAAGCUUUCCAGGAGCACAUGAUGCCAGGUUCCCUUCAAAUCAGGGGCCCAGGAUGGUAGACCCCAUGUCCAGCCAGACUGGCCAGGUACAACUGUCUGCCAGCAUGGACAAUCUUCACCAGCAUGCCCAAAUGUCAGGAAACAACACACUCAAACAGCCUCCUCUGAUGAGAUCCAUGAGCCAGCCUGCCUCAAAUGAGACCCAGAACAUGGCAGCAUCAAUGCUCCUGACUGCGACCCCUGCAGGGCAGACUGAGACUCUCUCAGUGGCCAGCAGUGAAGUGGUGGAGGAGAAACUGGAUGCCGAAGAAUCAGCAGUCAAAGACCUUGAGGAUGUGGAAGUGAAAGACUUGGUGGAUGCUGACUUGGAAAAUCUAAAUCUGGAUCCUGAGGAUGGUAAAGAUCUUGACCUGGAGACACAUGAUCUACACCUUGAUGACUUCCUAACAUCUGGAAAAUUUGAUAUCAUUGCUUAUACAGACCCUGACCUAGAUGACAUUAAGAAAGAUAUGUUUAAUGAGGAACUGGAUCUUAGUGAUCCUAUAGAUGAUAAUGCUGGAAACACGGACAUCAACAACAGCUCGACCAUUGCAGCAGAGGCUUCAUCCAGUUCAGCAUCUGUUCUGGCAAAGUCAGAUGCCUCACGGGAGCGGUCUUCAGCUGAAGUCAAGCUGGAAGCACCUGGGAGUCAGGCACCUGGGCAUGACAUUAAAACAGAGGUCAAAGACUGUGAGAAACCACCUGAGGUGGCAGACCAGCAGGCUACUGGAAACACCUUAACUUCAAACCAGCAGGGAGUGCUAUCUGACUCCACCCCUGUCCUAUCUAGUUUACUCUUUAAGCAGCAGCCUGAGGAGCAGUCAUUAAAUUCAGUCGUUGACUCUGUCAAUCAAGGAGGUAACCUCAUGCCCCAACAGAACCAAGUCUCUGACACUCAACAUACCUCUGGACUUGCAUUAAGUCAAACAAUACCUGAUGCCACCACUGCAGGAGAAGCUUCUGUGACCGUGUUUGGAGCUGACCACCAGAUGGGAAUAACCUCUGGAGUAGACCAGGGCAGUCUUAGUCAGGUCCAGCAGACAGCAUUGAAUCAGACGAUGGGUCAGCUCAGCCAGCAACCGCGUCCUCUUUUGCUGGAGGAGCAACCACUCCUAUUGCAGGACCUCCUAGACCAGGAGAGGCAGGAGCAACAGCAGCAAAGGCAAAUGCAAGCCAUGAUACGGCAGCGUUCCAACGACUCCUUCUUCCCCAACAUUGAUUUUGAUGCCAUCACAGAUCCCAUUAUGAAAGCCAAAAUGGUUGCCCUGAAAGGCAUCAAUAAAGUCAUGGUUCAGAACAACAUGGGAAUGACCCCGAUGGUCAUGAAUAGAUUUCCUCCUGGUCCUGUACCACCUUGUCCUGAAAGUACACCACUUCCACCACAAAUUGUUGGCCAGGAUGGUAAAGUGACACAAGUAGCACGACCGAAUCCUCCAAACUUUGGACCAGGAUUUGUCAACAAUCCUCAGAGGGCUCAGUAUGAGGAGUGGCUCCAGGAAACUCAGCAACUACUUCAAAUGCAGCAGAAGUUUCUGGAAGAGAAGAUUGGAGCUCACAGGAAGUCAAAGAAAGCUCUGUCUGCUAAGCAGAGAACAGCUAAGAAGGCAGGGAGAGAGUUCCCUGAGGAGGAUGCCGAGCAGCUCAAACAUGUCACAGAGCAGCAGGGUGUAGUACAGAAACAACUGGAGCAGAUCCGGAAGCAGCAGAAGGAGCAUGCUGAACUUAUAGAGGAAUACCGAGUGAAGCAGCAGCAAAACAAUAUGACACCUAUAAUGGCUGGCAUGCACCCGAUGCCAGGCCCUGCAGGCAUGGUUUCCAGCAGACCCCCAGUGGUUCAGCCUCCUCUGAACCCUAUAAUGCAGAUGCCGCUUCAUCCUGGCCAGGCAAAUGUACCUCCACGUAUACCUAACGUAAUGCCCCCCCAGGUACCUGUGGGAAAUCCAGGCCAGCCCCAUCAGAUGCCAAUGGGUAACAUAUCUCAGCAUUCACAAAUGCCUGUGGAACCCCAAGCUCCACCAGGUAGUGUAAAACCCAUGCAGGCAGGUGGUGUGAAGUUCGAUGACAACAACCCAUUCAGUGAAGGCUUCCAGGAGAGGGAAAGGAGGGAGAGGCUUAGGGAGCAGCAGGAGAGACAGCGGGUGCAACUCAUGCAGGAAGUUGAACGACAGAGAGCUCUGAAACACCGUAUGGAAAUGGAACAGCAAGGGAUGAUAGGGCCUGAGGGGAACAUGGCACCACUCGCUCAGAUGCCAUUUUUUAAUGCAGAGCUGCCACAAGACUUCAUGCAGCCUCAGAGGCCCCCCAUACAACAACAGGCUCUUGGACCAAUGUUUCACCAGCAGCAGGGCAUGCAGCAUGGAAUGGGCUCACCACCUGGAACGUUUGUACAAGGUGAAAGGAGGGCCUUGAUGGGCAAUGGGAUGAUGCCCCCAGACAUGGGGCCUGAUAAUCUUGCCCUGCAAACACCUAAUUUUCCCCAAGGGCAGCCCAGGUCUCGUCAGUUCAGUGGCCCAGGAAUGAUGCUUCAGAUGCCAGGUGAGGGUCCGGCUUUUGGGGGUGACUCGACACCUCUGCCUUCUAACUUUCCAGGCUCAGGUCAGUCUCUUAUCCAACUCUACUCCAACAUCAUCCCAGAUGAGAAAGGGAAAAAGAAGAGAACCCGCAAAAAGAAGAAAGAUGAUGACGCCGAUUCAGUCAAGACACCCUCAACUCCACACUCUGACCUUACAGCCCCUCUCACACCAUGUGUCUCAGACACCUCCUCAACUCCAACCAGAAAUACCCAUCUUUUCGGAGACCAGGACUUGUCUAGGUCCCCCUUACUGGGAUCCUCCACCCCUAGUCAUUCAGAGCUGGAAAGGCAGCUUUCUGGAGGAAAUUCUGGACAACCUGGUCUCUCAUCAGACACAGCCAGGACACAAGCUCAGGUGCAUGACAGGAUACUCAGCAAUAUAAAGCUGGAGCAGACUGAUGCCAGUGAUUGUCAUGAGCCAAGAGAAGGGGCUGUUGGCUCUGAAAUGAGUUCUGUGAAGGAGGAGGGUAGUAAAGGGAGUGCAUCUCCCUUCCCUGCAGGGCCAAGUCCAAACAAGGGUGAUGCUAGCAAUGAGCUACUGAAACACCUUCUGAAGAACAAGAGCACACCCCCACCUGGGUUCUCCCAACAGAGGUCAGAGGAGAGCCUGCGCUCAGAGGAGGAAGAGUCUACAGACUGCAAAACCCUGCUGAGACAAAGCUCCAUGGACAGCAGUGGGGCAUACUCAGAUGGCACCGCUGACUUUCCUGGACCUCUUCUUCCUGAACAGGAGAAGAAGAAAGGGAGGAACAAGAGGGCACCAAAGGGAGGUGAGAAACCUGGCUCUCGCUACAAGAAGAGGAAAAAGGAAGGGGAUGAGAGGCAACUGAUGAACCCUGGCCCUGACACAGUAAUGACCCAAAUUAAACAGCAGCUUUCCCUGCUGCCUCUCAUGGAACCUCUAAUUGGGGUCAAUUUUGCCCAUUUUGCUCCCUAUGGCAGUGGCCAACUCAACGGAGAAAACCUCUUGUCUGGUACUUUUGGCAGUGCCUCACUAGAUGGAGUCUCCGACUACUACUCUCAACUGGCCUACAAGCAGAGUAAUCUGAGCAAUCCACCAACACCACCGGCAUCUCUUCCUCCUACCCCACCACCUGUGAACCGUCAGAAAGCAAUCAAUGGAUUUGCCACAACAGAAGAGCUGGCCAGCAAAGCUGCUGCCAUGGUCUCGAAAGGCCUGGUUCCAAAGCCGCUACAUGUCCCAUUCAGGACCGAGGAAGAUCUUCUAGCCCGGGCCAUCGCACAGGGACCUAAAACUGUGGAUGUUCCAGCUUCCCUCCCCACUCCUCCACACAACAACCAGGAGGAGCUCAGUAACAGAGGACAGGAGCCUUCCAAAGACAGGGACACACCUGACAGUUUUGUUCCAUCCUCAUCUCCUGAGAGCGUGGUUGGAGUAGAGAUCAGUCGCUACCCAGACCUUUCUCUGGUGAAGGAAGAGCCACCAUCCCCCUGCCUGUCUCCUAUCCUGCCCAUGCUUCCUGCACCUGAUGGGAAAAUGUCUGAGAUCAAACUGCAAGAUAUCAAGACUGAAGCUUCUGCGAUGUUCUUUGGCUCCCCCUUUGGCCCCAUGUCUAAUGAUUCCAAACAAGGGCUGGUUUCUGUAGCUAUCACACUGAGACCAGCUGCAGCUGAGAACAUCAUAGGUGUGGUGGCGGCCAUUUCAGACUUGCUGUGUGUGAAGAUCCCCAGCAGUUAUGAGGUCAGCAGCACUCCAGACAGGGGGUCCCUAUCUGUGCUCAGUGGUCCAAGGGCAGGUCCCCAUGGCAUGGAGCCUCAGCCCCCCAUGCUAUACCACAUACAAGGUGACAGUGGAGGGCUUCAUGGGCGGCCAGGACAGAUGAUAAGACCUGGUGGAGCACAGGGCAUGAUGCAGCAGCCACAGGCGCAUCAUUUCCGCUUCCACCUCAGUAGCCCAGGUGCAGCUGUGGCUCGAGGACCUGAUCAGAAGACCCCUGCCAGCCCUGGAUGUAAACCUCAAUGGUGCUGCCACUGUAAGGUGGUGGUUCUGGGCCAUGGCGUACAGAAAUCCAUCAGAGAUUUCCCUGCCCACUUGAAGGAAUCUGCACACCAUUUGAAAUCUGAAGAAGACCUGGUCUUCUGCAGUCACAGCUGCUUCCUACUCUACUGUUCCUCAUCACCGUUGCAGUCCAGAUCAACUACAGACACUAAGGAGUCAUUGUCCCUUCUGCCAGGUUCAGAGCAAACUGAGAGCCUUUCUAAAGCACAACAUCAAUACAGCAACAACAUGUCAUCGCUGGAUGUUCAUUGCCUGGCUCAGCUUCAGCCCAAACUCUCUCCCCCCUCUACCCCUCCUAUCCCCUUCCCCACAGCAGGCGAGACACCCAAGAUAGAGUCAAAGUCUGAUGCCAUCAAAGUGACAGUGAAGCUAAAGGCUCGGCCACGGUCCCAUGAUGGCUGGCACCGCCGCUGGAGGAAGUGGGCAGUCCAGGUGGUUGUGCCAAGAGGGAUUUCCCACCUUCCAGAUGAAGAUAAGAUUGAUGAGCUCCUCAAGAAACUCGGAGCCUCCCUCCGCCCUCCCGCCUCCCUCCGGGACCAGAGACGUUGCUGUUUCUGCCACCAGUUUGGAGAUGGGAUCACUGAUGGCCCUGCAAGGCUGCUUAAUCUCGAUCUUGAUGUAUGGGUUCACCUAAAUUGUGCCCUGUGGUCGACUGAAGUGUAUGAGACUCAGGCUGGUGCCCUCAUCAAUGUGGAGCUUGCACUGCGUCGCGGUCAAACAAUACGCUGCGCCUACUGUCAGCAGACUGGAGCCACCAGCGGCUGCCACCGCCUACGCUGCACAAAUGUCUACCAUUUCACCUGUGCUCUGCAAGCACAGUGCACCUUCUUCAAGGACAAGACCAUGCUAUGCCAUGCCCACAGACCCCGGGGAACAGCUGGACAAGCACUGGAGCAUGAGCUGCGUUGUUUUGCUGUCUUCCGGCGCGUCUAUGUCCAAAGAGACGAAGUGCGUCAGAUUGCCACUGCGGUGCAGCAGCCCGAGUUAGGCUAUACAUUUCGAGUCGGCAGCCUGGUGUUACAUGCAAUGGGCCAACUAACCCCUCUACAAAUGGCAGAUUUCCAUUCCCCAACAGCCAUCUUUCCAGUUGGCUAUGAGGCUUGCCGGAUUUACUGGAGCAUGCGCCAUGGCAACCGACGUUGCCGCUACAUCUGUUCUGUUGAAGAUAAAGAAGGACUGCCAGAGUUUACCAUCAGGGUCAUCGAACAGGGCUACCAAGACCUGGUCCUGACUGACACAACUGCAAAAGGCGUGUGGGAUAAGGUUCUGGGUCCCGUUGCUGAGAAAAGAACUGAAUCGGGCACUCUGAAGCUGUUCCCUGUUUACCUAAAAGGAGAGGACCUGUUUGGCCUCACAGUCCCUGCAGUCACCAAGAUCACUGAAUCGCUGCCAGGAGUGGAGGCUUGUGACAGGUACUCUUUCCGUUACGGACGCAACCCUCUUGUGGAGUUGCCUCUUAUGUUCAAUCCAGCUGGCAGUGCCCGUGCCCAGCCAAGAACAAGCUCUCACUACACUUCACUGGUGAUAAGGCCACAACCACAGGUUGUAUCCGGCAGUAAUGCCAGGUCUAACCAGAAUGUGGCCCAAGGAGAAGGUGGCACCCCCCAUAACAAGUCACCGGUAGUGCAUCCCAGGUCCUCUCAGUACCGCUGGAUGAAGAGUGAGUGGAGAGCCAAUGUCUAUCUGGCCCGCUCUCGCAUCCAGGGCCUUGGGCUGUUUGCUGCUAGAGACAUUGAAAAGCAUACUAUGGUGAUCGAGUACAAUGGAACCAUCCUCCGAAAUGAGGUCACCAUCAGGAAGGAAAAUAUCUAUAGAUCUCAGAACCGAGCAGUGUUUAUGUUCCGCAUCGACAGCGAGCAUGUUGUUGAUGCCACUCGAACUGGAGGGCUAGCAAGAUAUAUCAACCACUCUUGUGCCCCGAACUGUGUUGCUGAGGUGGUAACAUGUGAAAGGGGUUACAAGAUCAUCAUCAGCUCCAUUCGCAGAAUAGAAAAAGGAGAGGAGCUGUGUUUUGACUACCAGUUUGACACGGUGGAGGGUCAGCACAAGAUCGCCUGCCACUGUGGAGCUCCUGAAUGCAGGAAGUGGAUUAACUGACUAAAACGACAAACCUAAAUACAUUCCUAAAUGCUAUAGCUUGUGAAUGCUGUGAUCUCUGCACAGAGGAAAAGAAGCCUUCACACUGAAGUCAUUUUAUGAAUGAGCAGAAGGCCUGAACCCGAGGAGAGGAACAAAUUUGUGUCGACUCAUCAAGAUCAUAUUAAAACAAAAUGGGUGGAGGAAGCAACAGUGUAACACAGUAGCAGGAUGUGAUUUAUGCCACAUGUGGCUCUGUUGUAUGGGAUGCAUCUGUCCGUGUGUAUGCAUCUGUGUGUUUGUCGGGUUGUACAUGAGGUGCGGAAUCCACCACCGAAUGAGAAAGCACUGUGCAGGGUGCGGCCUUAUUGCUUACUAAGGGCAGGCCCUUUUGUUUCAUACUGUUAAUGUAUACCGUAUGAGUAAAUGUAGACAUCACUGAAUGAGGAAUGUACAGCAAUGAUUACCACGAAGGGAAUAUUAACUUGCACUAAAAAAAAGAAAAUAAACAAAAAAACCACCCCACACACACAAACUUUUAAAAUACUUGAUUCCAUGAGUCAGUUUUAUCAUAGGUCUCUGUCAUGUGAUAUGUGUGGAAUUUGAGAGGUUUUGUAUUUAUUACUGAAUGAAUGAAUCUUAUUCUCAAAAUGAUGAGAUUGAGUUAAAGAAGGCUAGAUUGCUAUUGUUUUUGAAGAUUGAAGAAGAAAUGCUGUUACUUUUGUAUAAAUGUACAUAAAGAAAACUAUAGGAAUAACCGACCAAAUACUACCUUAACCUUCUUGAUGUUUGGGUGUUUUUAAAUUGUUUCUGUUCUGUUUGUCAUUGAAAUUUAUUUAAGAUGGACGUUAUUUCAAUUUGAGAGUAUAUAUUAUGGUUACUCUGUACAGAAUUUGUAAUAUAACCACAAUAAUUCACAAAGUAUUUUUGUUGUAUUAAAAGUAAGGUAUUGUAGCGUAGUGUUUUGUGACUUUCACAUACUUUGACCACUCAAAAAGGAAAUAUUUUUGUUGACUAACGUAACGAGUUAUCAGUUACAGAAUAAAAAAAAAAAAAAGAAAUAGUAAGAGAUCUGUGUGAUCUGUUUGCUGUUAAUCAGGUUUGAUUUUGAAGAACUGUGAAUUUGGUUUUGAAACCCAAAAACAGCUUUUUAACUUUUUAACACAAAUAGGAGCACCAACAUGUAUUUACUUUUCUGUUUUUACUUUACUUUGAAAAUAAGGUGCAAACGUCUAAUGAUAUUGUGCGUUAGACGAACCAGCAUGUGACAGAUGUAACUGGGAGCUCUUAUUUGGAACCAUAGGUUCUACCUUUUUGACAGAAAUGGCAUUCUGCUUAAUCAAAUAUUUCUUAUACUGACACUUCACAAGUCACAUGCUUAGAAACAAGAGUUUUUGCGUGCACAAUUUCAAGUUGACUGUAAAAUUUUGGAGACAGUCUUAGAACUUGUAAUGUAUAUGGCAUGUAUUUUUUUAACUUUCUGAAGACUCAAUUGUAUAUAUUUUCUCAAUGAAUGGUUGUAACAAAAUUGUUUCUUGGAUAUUUUUCUUCUCUUGUAUGAUAUCACAUCAUCCUGCCAGUGUGUUUGUGCUACAUUUUCUUGGUCAUGUAAAGUAGGUUUUUUUUUUGUUUGUUUUUUCUGUUUUUGUUUUUUUGAAAAAGCCUUUUGAAGUGUACAGAUUGAGGUUUGGAGUUUGUGGAACUGAAUUUAGAAACAUUUACAAAAAUAAACUAUUUUACAUGUUAGCAUGUGUAUUUGUCAAUUUGCACACAUUUUUAGUUUGAAUAUUUGAGAAUAAUGUUUUUAGCUUCCCUAGCACUGAUGAUUUGAAAUGGCUGUAAACCACUAGACAAAGAGCCAAGCAAGGUGAGGACAAAUG